AUGGAAAUCUCAAGUUCAUUUGAGCGAUUUAAGACCCUGCGCGACGGGCUUGAAAGGAUUGUAUGUUUAAACACGCGGUUCUUUCUGCGAAAGGAUGGAGGUUCAAAAACCCUAGGCCCGGAUCGAGUCCAAACUGGACCAAGAGGAGGUAGGAGGCGUGGAGAUGGAGGAAGUUUCCCUUUGACGAUGAGUGGUUUUGUGAAUUUGCUCAAACCAGGCUUAAAGCCGCCAGCUCGACGAGCCUGUCAACAGCUCAACAACCUUCAAGAACCAUGGUGCAAAUAUUCAAAUUGGAGCAAUGAACAUGAACAGAACACGCUAGUUCAAAUUGCCAAAGAUUGCUCCCGGAAAGUGCACAUCCUUGCACCUCGGUAUGGUUAUCACCGAUGA